AUUUCUCGUAUCUCGGAUCGAAGUCGUCGUGUGCGAAUGGUGCGCUGUCGCUGUCGGCUGAAGAAACUUGCGUCUUGCGUGAAUUUCUCGCACGGCGGAAUCGAAGUUUGAGCGGAGCGCAGAGAUUGCGAACGUCGUUCCGUGAUUGAUUGUAAACCUUCCCGGACCGAGUGCGCGUCGUGGAGCGCUUAUUAGCGCAAAGGUACAAAACACUUGUUCCGCGAGAUUGUACAAUGUGCCGUGUGUGUAAAUGCGCCGAGGAAGCGAGUGAAGUUUGACCAAGGUUUGACCCAGUGUCCGUAAGUUAUCGCAAAACAAUCCGAUCGCUUCAUCACUGUGCGGUUUGUGCCCGAUCGAAAUAGCGGCGGCCCGAUCGACCGACGAUUGAUGUUUAUCGGUGACAACCGGGAGAAAUGAUGCUUAAAUCUGUGCGGCAUCGAUCAAGAAAGCUCCAAACAUCUAAUCAGUAGUGCCCUUAGCAGGGGUUUGAUAAAAAUGUCCGAAAGCAAGUGUGAGUCGCCGAUCUUCCACUCGGCAGUGUAAAGCGCGCACUAGUGGUGAGAAACAAAAGUUGAUCGAGGUGAUCUCUUCUCUUAUCGGUGGAUUGUCCAAUAGCCGGUUGCGUGAAGAAACGAUACUGCUGCCGUUUGCGUAAAGACCAGCCGUGAAGAGGUGCGAAAUGUGCGUGGCAAUUCAACUGGUGAGAUGUGUGCAGUGUGUUUAAAGUGUGUGCUAAAAAUCUAAUUCCAAGCAGUUAAACCCGAUUGUGCUACAGUUGGCUUUUUGUGCUGAAGAAAAGGAAGCUAGAAGAGAAAAGAAGAAAAGAAAAACAAAACACCGACGAGAAAGGAAAGCCAACACCAGCAUUAAAUAGUAAUACUACAUUUACUACAUUGGGAACGCGAGUCAACAAAAGUGCGGUGAAUGAUUGAGACAGUGAUUGGAGAACGGCGUUCCAGCGGCUUUGCAGUAGCAGGAGAAGAGAAAACCAUGUCACAUUUUCCCUUCCGAGGCUCACCAUCCGCCCAGAGCACUACACCGACAGUUCCGUCUGCGCCAUCAUCACCACCGACAGCGCCAGUCGCGAUGGCCGUCACAACAGUACCCCCCAGUGCCCGGAGUGCGUCACCCUGCUCGGCCACCUCCGGUCCACCGACGUCCGGGCCGGGCGGUGCGACGGGCGGAGGUGGCGGUGGCUCCGGUGGACGCUGCUGCGAUACGGGGCGACCCAUCUUCACCGAUCCCAUCUCCGGACAGACGGUGUGCUCGUGUCAGUAUGAUCUCAUCAGCUACCAGCGGUUAGCGAGCGCCGGCAUCGCCGGUCCCGGCGGUGUUCCGCUCUCGAUGUACAGUGCACCGUACUCGCCGGAAACGAUGGCCGCCUACUUUCCCGCCAUCGGUGCCGAUCAGGCUCCGUUCUAUGCAAAUCCAGCGGCUGCAGGGAUCGAUCUGAAGGAAAACCUCGCUGCUGGUGGCGCACCGUGGCCUUAUCCCUCCGUGUACCAUCCGUACGAUGCGGCAUUCGGCUAUCCGUUCAACUCGUACGGCAUGGACCUGAAUGGAGCACGACGAAAAAACGCCACACGGGAAACGACGAGCACGCUGAAGGCCUGGCUAAACGAGCACAAAAAGAACCCGUACCCGACCAAAGGCGAGAAGAUUAUGUUGGCGAUCAUCACGAAGAUGACGCUGACGCAGGUGUCCACGUGGUUCGCGAACGCCCGGAGGCGAUUGAAAAAGGAGAACAAGAUGACCUGGGAACCGCGUAACCGCGUGGAGGACGAUGAUGUCAAUCUCGACGAUGAUGACGACGAUAACAAGAGCUUAAAGGACGAUAAGGAAAUACUAGAUUCCAAAGAUUCUGGCACCGGUUCGAGUGAGGAUGGCGAUCGACCCUCACGAUUAGACAUGCUGGACCGCCCGGGCGGUAGUGAGUGGAACGGAUCGCGCAACGACAGCGGUCCCAACUCUCCGGACAUCUACGACCGAGGCGUCCCCGCCCAUCACCACCAUCCCCUGCUGCAUCCCUCCAACUUCCCACCCCACCUGCGGCCAGCCAUCUCGACCCCACCCGACGUGAACCACACCCCGAGCGGCAGCACGAACCCCAGCACAAAGCCACGCAUCUGGUCACUGGCCGACAUGGCCAGCAAGGAAAGCAAGGACUCCGACUCCUCCUCCCCAACGGCCGGCGGCUAUCCUUCGCCGGGCAAAAUGCCCGUCACCCCGCUCGCCGGCCGAGGGCUCAAUCCGCUGCACCACCACCCGUACAUGCGACCCGAGUUCUAUCGGAAUCUGUACGGACACCAUCUGGCACCAGGGUCGCCCGAAGUUUCCCUGCUCGAAUCGUACCAGCGCACGUUCGGUGCCACGAUCGGUGCUCACAACGGGCUGCCCGUCAACAUUAGCCCGCUAAUAUCGAAAGCCUCCGGCAGUGGGCCACCGUUCGCACCGCUCAGCCUCACCACCGCCAACCACCACCUCCACCAGCAGCAACACCCGCACACAGCACCACCGCCCGGGGCCUCACCCGCCUCCAGCACCUCCAGCAAUGGGCCGGAAAAUCUGACCCCCGCGUCCGUCUCGCUUCCGUCCGGCACGGGGCCCAGCGAGGUGAAGCUGAUCAACGUGUUGGCCAACAGCGCCAAACCUUGACCGAUGGCGAUCAAGUAAGUGUUUCCGAGUGCAGACUACAUCCCCUCCCCCCUUUUUCUUACCAAACCCAACCAAGGAACCAACCAAGCAGUCAAAACGGUAGAACCCUUCUGGAAGGCUACUUCCCAUUUUGUGAUUGAUGCCUUUGGAAACGAUAAGCGGUUCGCUUAGUGGGUUACUUAACGAGUAAAGUGAACAAAAGAAACAAAAAACAAACCCCGAAACAAAACACACAAUGUAAUGAAAUUGGACAAUAAAUGAGUGCGAUUGAGCUUUCGAUCCAUUCUCGUAAACGGAAGCAAACCAUAGUCAGAAAAGUAAACGAAAAACGCUCGGCAUGAUAAAUGAACUGUGAACUGUGCGAGGUAGGCAACAGAAAACCCCCCGAAAGAAGGGAGGCAAAGAAGAAAAGAAAAAUUGUCGAGGACUCUACUUUUUUCCUGGUGAAUGUAGCAACAGUAAAAAAAGAAUCUUUCUAACACGCCUCAUUGGAGCCCUUUUUUCCGACCUUUCAAAAGAGCAGAUUAGUUCGUACCGUUCGAGUGCAGAUGAAACUGAUCAAUCAAGUCAGCCGCUUUCCAACUGGAACCUCCCCUAUUUUCAUGCUCAAUUUAAUUAGAUUUUUCUUUGGACGUUUGUCCGAUUUACUAGAACAAAAAAAGUCUCCCCAACAAAAUCUCAAAAAGUUCCUCGGUUCAUGCUGUCUCUGCCAAUCGACUACUUCUGUUGACUGUCGGACGCUUCCGGGCUUUGCGUUUGAAGAGUGUGUGUAGUGAAGAACAGGAAGAAGAUUUUACCACCAAACAAUCAUAAACCAAGGAUCCAAAUGAUACAAAUAGCGGCGAACGUAACUAACGACAAAACGCAUCCGUGCUGCACUUGUUGUACAUAGCGGUUUAGAUUUAUACGGUAACUAGUAAAAUGCAGCGAGCGAGCGAUCGAGCGAGCUAGGAAGACAUACAAAGCUCAUCGAAUGCACACACACACAUGCAGAAAAAAAAACACACACAUCCUCACACAACUCACUCAAUAAGAAAGGGGAUCGAGCGCAGAUCGAGCAACUAGUGUAUGUGAUAUUAAAUUGUAUUAAAAUAUUAUUUGAUAAGAGGGCGAUAUUGGAACAGUUUUGUUGAGUGAGGAGUUUUUUUUUUUUUUGUAAGACAUCCUUAGUAGAAGCGAGUUGGAGAGGUGUAAUAUUCCGGUGUUUCCACCAUGGCAGGAUGCUAAGGACAAGAGCCUUGGGUAAUUCAUUCGAUGGCAUUGGCUUUAUUAGUUGUCCGAGAGCUUUCUUCGUAGCCGCCGAUAAGUGUUAGCUCCCUAUCCUUUACCUGGCCAUCUGAUCGCCCGGGCAUCUCGAUCCACUCGGCCCAAUACCUAAGCUAGAGCUGUUGUUUGUACAGUUUGUUUGUUCGUUCGGUUGUUUAGUCCUUCGGUUCAUUACCAAAAACAUAACCACGGGCAGCAGCAGAGAAAGGGCAACAUCGGGACACUAGAAAAGAUUGACUGAAACAUAUCAUUGUUCAUUAUUAUCGUGAUGCGUUUUCUUUUCGUGCUUCCCUUUCCACACACACACAAAUUCAUCAUCAUGUCCUCGGCCGUGGUUCAGUAUUUUUUUCCGCUCUCGAGUUAUCGCAGUUAGGGAAAUUCGUAUGCUAGAAAGCAAAAACAAAAAAACAAACCCCUCUGUUGCAUGCAUUGUAAGUGUAAAAAAUGUAUAAAAACAAAGAUAUCAUAGAUGAGUGUCUGUCCCAGAAAGAAAGAAAAAUAGUUCCCCCACCCCCCCCUUAAUCUCCCCCCAGAACAUCCUUCUCCCGUUAGUUAAAUAUUUAAAUUUUUGCUAUUUAUUUUUGCUACAUUUCUUCCUGACAACAGCGUCGCGUUGCAGGUCGAGGUUUGUAGAGAAGAUGUUUUGUAGUUCGAUGUGGGGAGCGUGUACCGACAUAUUGAAGAUUUGUAGCUAAGGUGCACUGUAGCUGCAUGGAAAACUUGUCGCUAAGUCACUGUUUAGUAACAAAGAAAAACCCCCCGGAAGAUGAUUACGAUUUUCGUUUUUGGAGUUACGGUACUCCAACAAGGUGGUUCGAAAGUCGUACCGACGUCGAGUGAAGAAGGUGAAAUUGUGGGGACGAAACGAAAGUUUAUAAAUACUAUAAAUAUAUCAUUGUAAUAAUGGCAAUAGUCGUAAUUGUACUGUAAAUUAUUAUCGUAAUGAGGUGAGGAAGGGGUUGAGAACAAAAGAAAAACAACACAAAAUGGCAAAAAAUGGAAGGUAAUAAGUAGUAGUGCUAAUAAUAAUGCAAAGAAGAAGAAAAAAAAGCAAACCCAGACCCUGCCCCCCGUCACGAAUUGGAGGAUAUAAAAAAAAGGAAGAAAGAAGAAAUACCAACCAAGAAAGACGAUAGAAGAGGAAAAGGAAGAGGUCUGGUGUGAGAGGAAAAAAAACGGUAAAACUGAAACCAACGUAAUGUUACUAGUUGCAAUAAACAAAAACCGAAAAUAAAACUGAAUGAUAUGAAAACUAAAA